AUGAUUUGGCAACCCCUCAAUCUUAGUGACACCUGUCCAAUGAACUCAUCCCUCACAGCCUGUUCUACCUUCGGACAUAUUUAUCUGAACCUAUUGGUACAACUUUUUGGCGGUUCUCUUGACGAGAGAAUACAGAAGAAAUAUCAAUACAAGGAGCCUGACAAUAAUAGUACUGAGUACAACUUCAUAGUAGUCGGAGCUGGUGCUGCGGGUUGCGUGGUUGCUAACAGAUUGACUGAUAACCCCGAUUGGAAAGUCCUUCUUUUAGAAGCAGGUCCAGAACAGCCUGAUGUUACUAUAGUACCAGCUUUAUCAACGGCGUUGCUUGGUUCCAAUAUCGACUGGGGUUACUCUACUGAACCUAAUGGACAAAGUUGUCUAAAUCGUGAAGGCAGAUGCUCCUGGGCUAGUGGUAAAACCAUGGGUGGUUCGAGUUCUAUUAAUUCAAUGGCGUUUAUUAGAGGUAACAAAAAAGACUAUGAUGGCUGGUCUGCGCUAGGUAACGAGGGGUGGAGUUACGAAGAAGUGCUGCCGUUUUUCAAAAAAUCGGAGAAGAACCUAAAUAUUGAAAUUUUAGACAGUAGGUAUCACGGAGUCAUGGGGGAGCAAUAUAUAUCGUUAUUCCCGUAUGUCGAUGAACCUUCCCUAUUAGUAACUAAAGCUUUUAUGGAGAAAGGACUCCCUUUAGUAGAUCAUAAUGGAGCCCAACAAGUAGGUGUUUCGCAGACACAAGCUUUUUCACGUUCAGGUAAAAGAGUGUCCACAAACACAGCCUUCAUACAACCUAUUAGAUAUACAAGAAAAAAUCUAACAGUUAAAGUUAAUUCUGAAGCCAUACAAAUACUCAUCGAUGAAAAUAAGAGAGCAUAUGGUGUAAUUUAUGUUCAGAAUGGAAAUGUUUUUAUUGCCUAUGCUAAAAAGGAAGUCAUUGUUAGUGCUGGAGUUGUGCAUUCACCAAAGUUGUUAAUGCUGUCUGGAAUUGGACCGAAAGAUCACUUAGAAAGAAUGAACAUACACGUCAUUCAAGAUUCAGCCGUUGGAGAGAACUUGCACGAUCACGUAUCAUUUGAUGGUGUAAUUGUAGCGUUACCUAAUAAGACAGCAACAACAGUCAGUGAAAACAAAAUUCUGGAAGAAAUUUAAAAUUACGCUAAUAUGAAAAUAAAACGUGGUCCUUUGUCAGGCAAUGGACCGGUAAGCACGAUAGCGUUAAUAAAAACUGACCCAAGCUUAGAUGCUCCGGAUAUAGAAUACCAUAUCGGCAAUGUUUACAACUGGAGAGAAUUUCUCGAUGAAAUUUUCACUGCUCAGGACACAGCAAUUUUCCUAACAGCCUUUUACGAUGCUCUUUUGAAAAGAACAAUGAAUAUUGUGCCUAUAAGUAGAGGUAAGCUGUUAUUAAAUGAAUCUAAUCCACACGGUCCUCCUGUACUUAAUCCAAAUUACUUAGAUGAUGAAAGAGAUUUUAUCCCUUUAUUGAAAGGUAUGAAAUUUCUUUUAUCAUUGGAAAACACAGAAGCAUUUAGAUCAAGCGGUGCAUAUUUUGUUCGGGAGCCACUAGCGGCUUGUAAAAGUUAUGAAUGGGAUACCGAUGAGUACUACACUUGCUUAGCGAAACAGUACACAGCUACUACUUAUCAUCAAGGGGGUACGUGCAAGAUGGGUCCGAAAUGGGAUGAAAAAGCCGUUGUAGAUAAUGAAUUGCUGCACCGCACCAACGCUCUAAAGGAUGAGCCGCCUCUGGUCUCGUUCGCUGGUCCUGGAUAUGGACGGUCAUCGUCGCCGCGUCGUACAUUGAUCUCAGUACCUCAAGUCAAGUCGAUAUGA